AUGAAGACAAUAACAUCAAAGAAGAAUCAGAAUCAGAAAAAAACUCCUAUUGAAGAAGCUGAGAGUAGUGUUGAUGAAUCCAAUGAAAGACCAAGAAGAACUAGAAGAGAUCCUACAUGGAUGGAGGACUAUGUUAACGGUGAUUAUUUAUCGGGAGAAGCAAACAAGCUCAACAUAGUCUUAACUACGCCCGAAGACCCCAUCAACUCUGAAGAUGCUCAUCGAAGUGGAUAUUGGCAAUGGAUUCAGAAAUCAACUCCAUUGAGAAGAACUAAACUUGGGACCUUACUGAUUUUCCAGUUGGAGCCAACACCAUUGAAGUCAAAUGGAUCUAUAAAACUAAAUGAAGGGUUCCAAAAGUAUCCAAAUGAGCAAACCUUCUUUACCAAAGGAAGCGAUGAAGAUAAAAUUUUGAUAUUGAGUAUUUAUGUGGAUGAUUUAAUUUAUACUGGUGAUGAUGAAGAUAUGAUUAUUGAUUUUAAAAAUUCCAUGAUGAAAGUUUUUGAUAUGAGUGAUUUAGGAAAAAUGAGAUUUUUCCUCUGUAUUGAAGUAUUACAUGAACCUAAUGGUAUUUUUCUUUGUCAAAGAAAAUAUACUAGGGAAGUAUUGAAGCGUUUUGGGAAGAUUGAAAGCAAACCAGUAAAUAUUCCAAUUGUUCUACGGACCAAGAUGAAUAAAGAUGAAGAUGGGGUCCUAGUUGAUGGAACUUAUUUCAAGCAAUUAGUGAGAAGCUUAAUGUUUCUCACUACAACUCGUUCGGAUAUAAUGUUUAGUGCUAGUCUAAUUAGCAGGUACAUGGCUAGACCCACUGAACUUCACUUACAAGCUGGAAAAAGGAUUUUAAGGUACUUGAAUGGCACUUCCAACUAUGGGAUUCUUUAUAAAAAGGGAGGGAAAGAAGAAGAAUUGUUGGGUUUUACCGUUAGUGAUUAUGCUGGAGACGUAGAGGAUCGUAAAAGCACAUCCAGGUAUGUAUUUCUCUUAAGUUCAGGAGUAGUUUCAUGGUCAUCAAAGAAACAACCCAUAGUUACUUUGUCUACCAUCGAGACAGAAUUCGUAGGUGCUGCAGCAUGUGCUUGUCAAGCUAUAUGGAUGAGAAGGAUACUGAUGAGAAGGAUACUAAAGAGACUAUGUACAAGAGGGAUGUACUACCAUUAUGUGUGA